AUGUCUGAUUGUCCUAUCUUUAGUGAUGAAGAUGGGAGUAAAGUACUUGGGCCUACGGGACAGGGGGCAAGUGAAUUGUUACUCUCUCUUCUUUGUAGCCCGCAGCCGGCACAGACCCUGCCAGAGCCUGGUAUCUCGGUAUUUCAUCCUAAGCAGAAGCUUCCCUUCCCACCAUUGAAUGGAUAUGAGUUGUCAGAGAUCAAUAGCUAUGGCUCGGAAUAUGCCAAAGUAAGUGGGUAUGUUAGAGCGACGAUGAAACACGUCAAGAUUGAGAAGAUCAGGAAGCUCAAGAAUCUGCAGCUCUUGGAUACUUUUCAAAGGAAAAAAAUGGAGAUGAAGGUCACCGAAAAAUACCUAUUUUGUGCCACACACCGCGCUCACGUAGAUUCUAUCUGUGCGAAUAAUUUCGACUGGAUCUUGCAUGGGACUUCUGAAGGCACCUAUGGAAAAGGAAAUUACUUUACAAAAGAUGCCAUUACUGCCCAUAAAAACUUCCAGUCUGAUCCCCAAAACAUCGUUAUGUUUUUUGCCCGAGUCCUGGUCGGAGAUGUUAUUGAAGGAAAGAGGAGUUACACAAGCCCUCCUCCACCGUAUGACAGCUGUGUGGAUUCAAGGUUGAAUCCUUCCAUUUUUGUCAUCUUUCAGAAAAAUCAGAUUUACCCAGAAUAUGUGAUUGAAUAUACCGAAGCAGAUAAAGCCUGCGUGGUUAGUUAGAAAUGAUGAGGACACCAUCACAAAGGAUGCCAUAGCCAUUCCGUCCACUUAUAAAACCCGAUCGCCGCCGAUAACCGUUAAACUUUUUUACAUUUUCUCAAUUACUUAUCAAAUGCCUUAGGUCUGUGGUUCCCAAACUUUGUUGCACAUGUGAAUCAUCUGGAAACAGACAAACAAAAAUCCCAGUGUUCAGAAUGCAUCCCCUUCCAACUAAAUCACUGUUUCUGCGGGCGAGAGCCAGGCAGCGGUGUGUGUCGUAAAUUUUGGGAACCACUGCCUUAACUGUAACUGUAACUGUAAAGAACGAUUUCUAAUACUGUGAUUGCAGCAACUACUGUCUCUCCCAAAUACUCUUACAGUUUACUGUAUGGCACGGUUUUGUUUUGGUUAAAUUGAAAAAAACUUAAUUUGGGAACUUUGAGAGAAAUCUAAAAAUGCCUAUUGAAAUAAGCACAUAAGACAGUACAGCCUUGGAUAAUGAUUGUGAAAAGUUGGGGGAGGGGAAUGCUUAGGAAUAUCCGGGGGGGGGGGGGGAGUAAAGGUAAUUUAAAUGCCAUUACAGACACAGCCUGCGUACCGUACCAUUGCAGUGAAACUGAUGUGGGGCAUACAUUUCGUUAUCUCUACGUUUAUUUAGGGGGCCCCAUCCAGGUCGACUCUGGAAUUCAUAAAAAAGAGUUGCCAAGUGUGGCUCAGAGAGAAGUACCAACUCGAGUUAAGGGCCCAUUUGAGGUCUUAAUAUCAUUAUGUCAAAGUAGACUCUUAGGUUCUGAUCAAUAUGAUUCCAGAGAAGGCUUUUCUCAGGUUGGACUUUCAUGAGGUGUGUGUAUUGGGGGAGCACUGAGGCGCAGUUACCCGAGUCACACAGGCAUGACUGACAAACUGGAGGGCUCCUAUCGUCGUUCGCUGUGGCAGAUGAGGCUCACCGAGGAAUUAGGAGCAGGGCCCUCCUGUUGCAGGAUGGGCCCCCUAAGGAGACAAGAUUUGUUUCCUGGUGAGCACAGAAUCAGAACUAAUAGGAUAAUGCCUCAGACAGGCUUUGCGCCUGUAAGAGGCUUUUUUUUUUUUCCUAAUGUAACGAAAUGUAUGGAAUUGUUGUGCAGUCAGUUUUUAGAGCAAUUAAGCUGCCUGGACCAAGUUCCUUAUUAUGAGUCAGGUUUUUCCUUUCAAUUUUCCUUUUCAAACAUUCCAUCCCAAUCUCCAAAUAUUCCUUAUAGAUCCUUCCAGCAGACAUGUUAUAAAAACUAAUUAGCAUUUGAGGUUUUAUAUGUCAGAUUUUUAAUCAGUACACAGCCUGCUACAAUUCUUUGGCUUAAAGGAUCCACCAGUAACAAAUGUUUAGAGGACUUUUUAGCAUAAAGUUGUUUUCUGGGAGGUUUGCCACAAAUACUCUUGUUUACUUCUUCCUUUUUCAUGGUAGUUUCCGUUCUGGAGUUUUCAUUUCCUGAUCUUGACCUUCAGUGUUGCAGAGAUCCAACUUAUACAACUCUCUCCGACCGCCCAUUAGACAUCUCUAGUGGGAUAUUUCACAGGCAUCUCUGCUUUACCAGGUACAAAACAGGAUUCUGGCUCUGCCUCCCUCAGAUGAACCAGUUCCUCCCCAGGGUUCUGUAUGUAAGUACGUGGUAUCACCAUCCACACAUCUGCUCAAACAGCAAUCCACAAGUUGCCCUGGACCCCCUCCCCCUACCUUCCCCUGAGCAUCUAAGCUGUUCUCAAGUUCUGUUUUCCCUCUUAAAUACCUUGGUCUCCUUCUACAUUGUUCUUUAUUUGGCAGCAAGAAUGGCCAUAUUUUAAAAUUUUUUACUUAAUAAUCAUCAUCUUUCAAAACACAAAUCUGAUCAUGCCUUUAGAGUAAAGUUCAAGAUCAUUAUCAUGGCCCCACAUGAUCUCUGCCUUCCCUACCCUCCAUCAUUUAUUUUCUCCCACACAAGCCGCUCUGGCUUUCCUCCAGUCCUUUGGGAUCUCUCACAUAGCUCAUUGGUCUUCAAUUAGCAUCGCUGCCUUCUUUUUAAAUGGCAGAUACUUUGUAACGUCCACAUUAUUAUCCUCAAAAUGCAAUUUAGUGGUAAUGUACUCUCUCUACCUAGAUACAAUUUUAGAAAUACAUUUAAAAUUAAGUAAUGUUAAUAUAAAAGGGAAGUUAAAAGUACAUAACUUGGAUACAACUAUACUAGAAGACCUAAUUAAGUACUCAGAUGUUUACAUCUAUUUAGAAUGAAUAAGCAGGUAGGAGAUUAGAAGCUUUUUUGUACAAAGAAGUAUGGGAAAAUGAAACAGCAGGGAUACAAGUGGACAUUAGAAUAGAAACUAGUGACAUAAUAACUUACUUGCAUAUGCUGAUAAUAAGGACACCUUAAUUGAUGUGGAUAUUUUUAAAAAAUAUAUAUUUCUUUAUUGAUUUCAGAGAGGAAGGGAGAAGGAGAGAGAGAUAGAAACAUCAAUCAUUGAUCGGCUGCCUCCUGCAUGCCCCCUAAUGGGCUAUAUCCCUCUUCCUUCCUUUCUGAAUUUCAUUAUGUAAAUGCUCCGGCAUGACUACGGUAUACGACAUCAUGAAAUAGAUAUUUAUUCCUGCUUUGAGUGAAUACCUUUGGAUUUAGGAAUCGAUCAGAGGCUACUUCCUAUAAAGAAGUACAGGAAAAUGAAAGAUAAGACACUAGACACUAGAAUGAAGACCAGUAUUAGGGUAAGUGAUAAUAGACCAUUACCUUAUCUGUGUAUGGUAAGGGAAAGAGCGAAAUUACCUUACUGUAAAUAAGGAUAAUAAGACAAGGCAAAUUACAGAUUGUCUAAGAGGAAAACAUAUAUAUUCUCUCAGGUGACCUGUAGGUCCUACAUAAAUGUCCAGCGGACAUUAGAAAGUCGUAUAGAUACUGAAUAAUUCUUCGUUUUGUGGGGCUAACCCAUAUAUUGCAGGACAUCUGUUAUCCCUGGUUGCAUCCACUGAGUGCAAAUAAUAAUUCCCAGUUAUGAAACCAAAACCCAUCAAUUUCUUUUUUCUUUUUUUUAAAAUAUAUUUUAUUGAUUUUUUACAGAGAGGAAGGGAGAGAGAGAGAAUUAGAAACACCGAUCAGCUGCCUCCUGCACAUCUCCCACUGGGGAUGUGCCCACAACCAAGGUACACGCCCUUGACCGGAAUCGAACCUGGGACCUUUCAGUCCGCAGGCCGACGCUCUAUCCACUGAGCAAAACCGGUUUCGGCCCCAUCAAUUUCUAAACUAUCACUGGUGAGAACCACAGAUUCGGUUAACAUCUAGCAUCUUGAGAUUAGCGUGUUUACCUUCAUAAGGAGUCCUAUAGAUUAGAUAGGAUGCUUGCCUCCCAAAUCCGGUUUUUAAAAUAAUUUGUGCCUUGCUUUGUUAAUUUUUAGCGUCUAUCCAACUCGAGGUUGUCUGCUUUCUGCAUUAGUAUGUAAGCUCCUUGAGGGCCAAGCCAACUUGCCUUGUUCACUGUGCUGGACCCCAUAACUAGCUGACUGCUUCAGACCUUGAUAAAAUAGUGUGGACGUUAGCUCAAGUAUUUGUAUUUCAUUCAUUGAAUUGUAUCUUCUUCUUCAAGCUCAAUUAGAGACUAAUAAAAAGUAAAUGCAAAUUUU